AUGCGCGGCAAACGUUCAAAGCAGUAUCGCAAGCUCAUGCACCAGUAUGAGCUUUCCUUCAACUUCCGUGUCCCCUACCAGGUCUUGAUAGACGCCGAAAUGAUCAAGGAUACUUUUCGCUUCAAGAUGAAUCUCCCCCUCUUCCUGGAACGUACCCUCCAUGGAGAAAUCAAGCCCAUGAUCACACAAUGCUCAAUACGUCAUCUGUAUACCGCCGAUGCGCCCGAUGUCGCCUCAAAGAAUGCCUGGAUCGAUACUGCAAAGUCCUUCGAGCGCCGUCGCUGCAAUCACCACACUCUCGACGAGCCUCUGUCAACCCUGGAAUGCCUCAAGUCCGUAGUCGAUCCCAAGGAUAGCAGCACAAACAAAAACCGCUAUGUUGUCGCCAGUCAAGACCAGAAGGUCAGAUCUGCCAUGCGUAGAAUCACCGGUGUACCUCUCAUCUACGUCAACCGCAGUGUCAUGAUCAUGGAGCCCAUGGCAACACAGACUGAAGAGUUCAGAGAAGCAGAGGAGAUGGGCAAGGUCAGAGCCGGCUUGAAGGGCAGAAGAGGUGCCGCCCCCGAGCAAGCCUUGAAGCGCAAGAGAGAGGAUGACGACGAAGACGACGCUGGAGCAGAAGGCGGUGCUCCUGCACCAGGCGCGGACGCUGCGCCAAAGAAGCGCGUGAGAAAGGGUCCCAAGGGUCCCAACCCUCUCAGUAUGAAAAAGUCAAAGAAGCAAACAACGAAAGAGGAGGCAGAGAGGCAAGCAAUCAGAAAGGCUAUAAAGUCAGAUCCACAAGCUGCAGAAAAGGCUCUUCCUGCAGACAUCGCAAUUGAGGCGACAGCAGAUGGCGGCGAAGACGGAGCCGGCAAGAAGAGACGGCGAAGAAAGCACAAGACUGCCGCAGAUCAGGCAGACGCCGACGAUGCUCCUGCUAUUGCUAUGGAGGUCAAUGCAUGA